UCGGACCCGAUCAGAUCACCUUUUCAUAGCCUGACUGAGAACGUGUUGUUCUUCGUGUACGGCUCGACCCAUAUAGCCAUGGCUGCAACAGUGCUCAAGACUCUCUUUUUGUUUUUGAUGCUUCUCUCCACUGUCAAGAGUAACUGGGAUGGUGAUAACAGUGACCCAACACUGGCAAAUUUGGGAUUUUAUGUCCACAACAUGACCUGCAAGGACGAUACGACUAUUUGUCAGCACUGCGCCCAUCUUGACCUUGUCGGAAGACCAUUUAUUCUCACGACUGAAUACACGUCUGGUCCUUACAAGUUCAAGUAUUACUUUGAAGACGGAAUGCAAGAUUGGAACAUUUAUUUCGCCCAAGAGGACCAAAGUCAAGAGUACCGAUGGUGUGAAGAUAUAUACGACAUCCUGGACAUCAGUACAACUGUGAGAGUGGCUUUGUGUGUCGAGAACACCUUUAGUGACAUCUCAGUGCCUGACAAUUGCCCCAAACCUGUGGCUUUGGUCAGCUAUGACUAUCAUCCAUCAGACGGACAAGUGAGAGGUCAGCAAAUGCUGUAUUGCCUGUCCUAGAUUGGUGGUGUUGGCCGAGCGACUCAUUGCCACGAUGUGGAUUCGUAAGGAAUUUGUAAUAAGCCUCGUGUAACGCUUUCAAAAUGAUUGAAAAGGAAAAAUAGUUUCAUAGUUUGGUUAGUUUGGUUUUCUUUACUCCAAUUUCUUCUUGGCUAACAACCAUUUUUCAUAUCAAAUUGACCCUUUCCCAUUCCUCAGCAUUGAAGAGUUGCAAUCAGACAUGGGUCACUUAUAUGAUAUAGGGAAAUUGUGUCACCCGUGGAAGUACAGUUUACUGCUGUUAAAGGAGUACAAGAAAAAAAGAAACGCACAACUCGACACUAGAUCAUUCAUGCCUACAUGGUGAAUUAUUGCACGAACAAAUUAUUUUUAUUUAAAAUAAAUGGACUACCUCUUUUGUAAAAUCAUUCAAUCUGUAAUGAGUAUUAUCGCUUAAAACAUUUUUGGCAGUCUAACAACAUGUAGUGAACCUUGCUAUAUAUUUUUAAAUGUUCAUCGGUCUCAUAAAGCAAUAUCUAUGAAUGAUGAGGAUUGCAAGCAUGUCAAACAUAAUUAGAUGCAGUUAGUGGCGAUGAUGGUGGCUUGUAGGAGUUGGUGAUUUGGUGUUGGUGGGCUCACUUUAAUGAUAAAAACUAUUUAGACCAGAAAGUAAUAGUUGAUGAAUUUUAAAGGCUUUCCAGAGACGAAGUGAAAAAAAAGUGCAGAAGGUGAGAGAAACUGAAAUUACUUGCCAUGUACAUUUUCAAUAGGCCGCUCAAAUUUGUGCCAUUUAUGCGCACGCGCACAUAAAUGAGAAUUUUUGACUGCCUUGUGAACUGGCCUCAGCUAUACAACAUGUGCACUCAUGUGCAGGUUGUGUUGAAAAAUGAAUUGGUAUCUUGGGAAUCUAGCAGGUACUGAAACGGACUGUAAUAAUAACAUUUUGUCACCACUUAAUUAGCUACAUACAACAGUUGGCGGAGGCCCGCCGGAGGAGGGCCUCCAGUGCAGCGUCCUGACAUUCUUGUAAUUGUGUUAUAUUUUGGGCACACAGCGGUAAAGAGGUUUUUGUGAGUUACAUUUGACCAAAUUCUGGUAAACUGAGUUGUUUAAAACCACGUAAACAUAACAAUUUGAAUUCUUAAGACAAAGUUGCCGUGUCUUGUCAUUUGGGACAAGCCUUCGCUUAGUUACACGAGACACGCCUUUGCUCCAAUACAUAGUUCUCAUAAUAAGAUAUAUAAAAGUACAAAACAACAGUCCAUUCGAGAGAUGGUGCAAAAGCUUGCCCUGAUUCACGAGGUACUACAACAGUGUCUUUAGUUUUGGAAAUCUCAAUUGUUAUUUUUAUGUGCAAUCAGAUAAAUCAGUCUACCAGAUUUAUUCAAAGUUAGAACACUUACUAUGGCUUCCAUUUUGGGAGUCUUUCCUUUUUUUAGGUCAUGCACAGGAAGGGCUUGGCUAGUUUCCGGGGAGAGAUUGUCCAACAUUAUUCUCUUUGGGUGUACGUGAGUUUGUUUCUGGGACCCUGAACAAUAGAGGACAACAAGGUCCCCGAUUGAGAGAGGGUCCUUCACUGACAACUGUGUACAAAACAUAUGGGUGGUCAAACAAAAGAGGAACAAUAGGGGGUCCCCAGUUGCAGGCAAAUACACACUCGCGUGUGUGCGUAUUUGUUGGAGGAAUUGUAG